AUGGAGAAAAAGGACAGUUACAAGCAAGUCUCUGGACCGAAAUAUGAUUGCCUACUAUUUGAUGUUGAUGACACGCUUUAUCCUUUUAGUUCCGGCAUAUCUGCAGAAGUAACGAAGAACAUCAUGGAGUAUAUGAUCACAAAGCUUGGCGUAAAGGAGGAGAAUGUCAAGGAGUUGAAUGGACAACUAUACAAGGAGUAUGGUACUACAAUGGCUGGUCUUAGGGCCAUUGGUUAUGACUUCGACUAUGACGACUACCAUGCUUUUGUACAUGGGAGACUACCUUAUGACAAGUUGUUGAAGCCUGACCCAGUUUUACGGAACCUAUUGCACAGCUUGCCUAUUCGUAAAUUUGUUUUCUCGAAUGCGAAUGAUGCCCAUGUGGCAAAGGUGCUUAGCAGACUUGGCUUAGAGGACUGCUUCGAAGGGAUUAUCACUUUUGAGACCUUAAAUCCUUCUCAUAACAGCAGUGUGCCAAAUGAAGAUGAUGUUUCUGAACUACCUAAGAUACCAGUUGUCUGCAAACCGUUUGCUGAGGCCUUUGAGACGGUUUUCAAAGUAGCAGACAUAGACCCUGAGAAGACGGUCUUCUUUGAUGAUUCAAUUAGAAAUCUCAAGACUGCAAAGAGCUUGGGUGUCCACACUGUGUGGGUCGGAUCCUCUCAUCGAACCAAUGGAGUAGAUCAUGCACUUGAGAGCAUUCACAAUGUGAGAGAGGCAUUGCCUGAGCUGUGGGAGGCCAUUGAGGCUGAGGCAUCAGACGCUCGCUAUUCUGGAAAACUUGCAAUUGAAACAUCACAAGAAAGCAGCUGUUUUUGUUCCCCUUCAUCCUCCUGCUGCCCAGAGCAUCAUCAGAGAAUGGCGGAGAGUAAUCAACCCUUUCGGCAGACAAGGUCUGCUGGGGGAAGAAAUGCACAGUUUUCAUCGUCUUCCUCAUCCACAACGUCAGAUUCUCGUUAUCAGCCUCCCCACAAUCGCAAUUUCAACCCCAGGAGAAAAGUGCAACCUGUGAAUAAUCUGUCUAGCAAUUUUACUAGGAGUAACGAAAAAAACACAACAGAAAAUAGAGCACCAAUUAGGGGAGAUGAUAUCGUUGAUGAAUCUGGAGAGAAUAACAGGCAUCCAACCAUAAUUGGAACUUGCCCUUACAUGUGUCCAGUUGAGGAGAGACUUCGACGUGAGAGACUACGAGAUUUAGCUGUAUUUGAGAGGCUCUACGGGGAUCCUGGGAAAUCAUCACCUAGUCUGGCAGCAAAGAAGUUUUGCAGAACUAUAUCAACAAGAGACAUGCAAGCUUCUGAUUUGCGGCCUCUCUCAGUGUUGGAUGAAACUCUUAACUACCUUCUCGGCUUGUUUGAUUCUAAAGAACAUCCUUUUGACGUGGUUCAUGACUUCAUCUUUGAUAGGACAAGGUCCAUCAGACAAGAUCUCAGUAUGCAGAAUAUUACCAAUAGACAAGCUAUCACGAUGUACGAGAGAAUGGUCAAAUUUCACAUUUUCUCUCACCAGAGGUUAUAUAGAUCUUGCAGCAGUCCGAAUGUUUCUUCUGCCCUUCAUUUAAACCUGGAGCAGCUUAACAAGUCACUGACUACACUGUUUAAUCUCUAUGAAGCAAAUGACACAUCACCAACUCAUGAGAAUGAAGCUGAAUUUCGCUCAAUUUAUGUGCUUCUCCAAAUUCAUCCUGACAGCAAAGGGGAACCAUUGUCUCUAUGGUUUCGUGGACUCCACUCCGCCGUCAUGAAAUCCAAGCCAAUGCAUUUUGCCAAAGAUAUUUUGAGAUAUUUUCGUUUGGGCAAUUACAAAAGGUUUAUGUAUACUUUGGAGACCCAAGCAUCCGUGCUCCAGUAUUGUAUUGUUGAGCCUUGCAUCAAUGAGGUUAGAGCGUUAGCAGUAUGCUGUCUCAAUCAGGCAGGAUACAAGCUUCAGCCCAUUCCGCUGGAAGACCUAUCCAAUAUUUUAUCGCUGGAGGAAUCAGAUGUUGAAUCGUUCUGCAAUGACUGUGGUCUUCAUAUAACUACUGAUGAAGUUGGAAACAAGUUCUUAACACCUAAGCAGUCAAGCUUUCGCCUACCCAAAAGUGGGCUUCAGAAGCACUACCCUCUAUGUUUUGAAGGGUUAGCGAGGUAGAUAAAUAGCUCUACUUGCCACUUGUAUUUCCAUUCGCUCACUGUGAAUAUAUGGAUAAAACUAAGCUUGAAUGAGGGCAUGAGGCAGUAAAUUGUAAAUUGGCUUCUUGCUUUGUCCAGUUAAUUAUGUUAGGCCAGUGAUGAAUUUUGGUUUUUCUUUUUCUUUUUUUUUUUUUUCUUUCCCAGGUAUUCUGUUGAGUUAUUGCAUAUUUGAAAAUUUCGAAGUGAGACUAUUUUCUUGUCCAAACUCACCUUGAAGUUCUUCACAAAGUCUCAAGGUAAAAGCUGGCUCUGUUGUUCUCUCUUGCAUUCUAAAUCAAGAGGAAGCAGUAAACUGCAUAGAAGGAUUUAAGUUGUUGGGGCCGGAUUCUUAACCGAAGCAAGUGGCACCAGCAAAAGCUAAUCCAUUGACUUCUGAUUGACAAGUUGGGAGAAAGAAGCGGAAAGAAGGGGAGGGGGAUUGGAUGAAGUUAGAACUCAACAUUCUUUGUAUUUUUCUUGAAAACAUGCAGCAAGUAGAAUGCAUGGUAUUCUGCUCUAUCUAUGUUUUUUCCCUUUAGAAUCUAUCUCGUUUUAGAAAGAGGAAAAAGAUCAUCCUAUCUAUAUAUUGUACAUACCAAUAUCCAUGUUGCCAAUCAUCAAUGAUGAAAUGCUUUGCCUCUCAUACAAAGAAGAACCUAUCUGCGUAUUGUGCAAUUUCCUUUC